AUGCUACUCCGCACGCCAUAUAUCUCUCGUAUCGCUAGGACACCAGCACAUGGCACAACAUGGCGUCGGACUCCAGGUUGCUACUAUUCCACCAGUACCGACGACCCGCCAUGGUUUCAGCAGUUGCGCGCCGAGAUGCUCCAUCGAGACAUCACUUGGCUUCUCGAAGAUAUCACCGCUCAGCCUGAACAUAGGCUCAGCAGAACGCUAUCAGGCUUCCUCCCUGAUGAGUGGUGCCGACCACCAUCCUCCAGGAAACCCGUACUUCCCGUCGGUCAUCAUUUGAUAUGGUUCAACUUGGUGACACCAUCCCACAAACUUCUACCGGAUGGAACAGAUGACUUCCACAGUCCAGCGGCGCCAUGGGUGCGGCGCAUGUGGGCGGGUGGUUCAGUGCGACUCAAACCUGAUGAGUACUUCCACAAGAAAAGCGGCUUUACAUUAGCCACGGCAAUCGCUGGUGCGGAGCGCAUCAAGGACGUGCAACUGCGUGGGAAAGACGACGCGGCCAAAGUGUUCGUCACGAUCGAGCGCCGAUUCGCCAGGCUAGACCAGCUGUACGAAAGCCAUCAGAAAGCAUACCAAAACUCGGAGAAAUCCAAUGUACCGAACGUGCAGAGGUAUUUCAAGGAACAGCUGCGCAAUGACGAGGAAUGGGGUAGUGCAAUACUCAAGGAGGAGCGCAACCUCGUGUUUUUCAAAGAAAGGACAGCCGCACAAUUGGACGUUAUCAAAUCUGGUCAGAUGGCUCCCGUUAGAUAUUUGGAUCCUCCCGGCAAACCUGACUUCUCGCAUACACUUACUCCUACCCGUUCCCUCCUCUUCCGAUACUCCGCCCUUACAUUCAAUGCCCAUCUCAUCCACCUUGAUCGAGACUACGCCCGCAAUGUCGAAGGCCAUCGCAACUUGCUUGUCCACGGCCCACUCUCUCUGACGCUCAUCCUACAAGCUGUAUCGGGUUAUGUGAACACUCAUACGGAGGGGAAGCAAGUCAUAGAGUCUAUUGAAUACCGAAACCUUGCACCGCUGUACUGCGACGAGCAGAUGAGCAUAUGCGGCAUGGAGAAGAAUAAAUCAGACACUGGCAGUACGUUUGAAAUCUGGAUUGAAGGUCCGACGGGUGGCAUGGCUGUCAAGGGUAUAGUGCGUACAGUAGUGAAAAGACCGACUACGCCAACGUUGGCCAUACCGCCCACAGGCAAGAUUUCAACACCAAGCGAGAAUCAGAAGCUGAGCAAGCCGCGCGGAACAAGUAGGCACAUGAAGGAAAGCCGGCUGAGCGAACAGGCGCCAGCAGGAGACGUCCCGAUUCCGCCAAAUUUCCCAAGAUUUGUACCACUAGCUACUCCCGAUAUCUUACCGGGCAACGCUUUUUCGCAAAUCGCCGAAGCCUCACUUAAUCACCUGGCCAGCAAGCCAUAUCGUCAGCUUCGACCCACCCGGACUAUCUCCCAUCAAUUCAUCACUAUGCCCAGCUCCUCAACCUUAGUUCGUCGUGUCGAAGCAAGUCCCAAGCCUGUAAGGCCGACCAUGUCACCUCUCUCCGUCAAUAUCAUGCGCCGCCGCCUCCGCGAGCAGCCACCGAAAACCUAUAUCAAGCCGAUACCACUGUUGCGUAAAUACGACGCCAUAUCGUACAAGCACGAUGCAGCUCGAACAGCAGCCAGACAUAGUAGAUUCAGACGUGAAGGCGCACGUAAGGUUGAGAAGCUAGAGGUCAGGUUGAUGGGUCGAAGCCUAGAGGGGGCGAAGCAGGAAGCAGGUGCCAAAUCCACAAGGUAG